UCACGCGCCCAUCUCGAAGAGAACCAACCCCGACCAAGAAAAAAACAAGAAAAUAAUACACAAUUGGCGACGGCGGUGCAGAGGUUCUCCGUGUGAUCCGAUCGAACGGGACUAGGACCGACACGGACCAGGUCUAAAUCCGCGAGGUCAGCGGUAUUAUGGCCGGCGACAUGUCCAUCGGCUGUGCGGCCCUGAAGCGAUCCAGCAAGCUGAGGUCCUGCACCAGUGCCGCCGACACGGACUCGAUGCGGGUGCCCAGCGACCACAGGGACAACGGGAGCCUGGUCAAGCCGCCUCCGGUGCCGCCGCAGAAUAUGCGCGGCGGUCUGCGGGUCUACAAGAUCGUCAUCCUCGGCGACGGUGGCGUGGGAAAGUCAGCUGUCACCCUUCAGUUCGUGAGCCACAGUUUCCUGGACUACCACGACCCCACAAUUGAGGACUCCUACCAGCAACAGGCGGUCAUCGACAAUGAGGCCGCCCUGCUCGACAUCCUUGACACCGCCGGCCAGGUGGAGUUCACGGCCAUGCGGGACCAAUACAUGCGUUGCGGCGAAGGUUUCAUCAUUUGCUACUCGGUCACCGACCGCCACAGCUUCCAGGAGGCCUCCGAGUACAGGAAACUAAUAACCCGUGUCCGCCUGUCCGAGGACAUUCCGCUGGUUCUGAUUGCCAACAAGGUGGACCUGGAGUCGCAGCGACGCGUGACCACCGAGGAGGGCCGGAAUCUGGCCAACCAGUUCGGCUGUCCGUUCUUUGAGACAUCGGCUGCACUGCGUCAUUACAUCGACGAGGCAUUCUACACGCUGGUCCGCGAAAUUCGGCGCAAGGAAAUGCACAAGGCCCUGGGUACGGACUCCAAUUCGGAAAAGAUUCACACGGGGCGACGAAGUCGCUGGUGGCGCAUCCGAUCCAUUUUCGCAUUGGUUUUCCGUCGCAGACGAAACCUAAACUAGACCAGGAUGCGGAUUCCUGGAAACGAGUGCAAUAUUAACCACAAAACCAAGUAACUUUUGUUCGCUAUAUUUUGUAUAUAGCACAUACCCAUCAGAUACAACAUACAAGAGAGAAGUAACCGAUCGAGGAGCAGAUAACUAAUUGUUAAUGGCCACAGUGGUUUAUUUAUUAUUUGUUACGGAAACUAUUUAAAGUACUUGUUGUUGGCCGGAAAGGAUAGCGAGGCAGUAGAUCAGCGAUAGAGUAUAUCAAUACGUUUAAGCACCGAUCCAAAAGAUACAUAUUAACAAUGCACGUACAUAUGUUUAUGUAGUAAAUAUUACUAACGUUGAUUCCUAGACGAGAGCGAUUAAGCAAGUGUGGCAAUUGGCUAAAGCUCAAAAGCAUUUAAAUUCAGCAAGAUCGAGGGGCAGUUCCCCAACUAACAAUCUUAACAACUCUGAAUCCUAGCCAGGAGAUUAACCCAACAGCCAAUUGCCAGGUGCGAAGGGCAGAGAAUUGGAGGAUUUUUAAACUUAUGUAUGUACGUAUUUACCCAGAAUACACGCACAUGACAUACGCGACACGAGCCACACAUUUAACUAAUCGAAUAAAUGUUGAAUUUAAUGUAUACUAAUAUUAUAAAACGAUCGAUCGACCUAAGUAUGUAAAACGCGGGAACAUUGCAAAUUAUGAAAUAUGAAUGAGAAUGUGCGUUUGUUCAGAUCCAAGCCCAAAUUGAUAAUUUAAGUCCACGACAGCCGAUGCAUUUGUUGUUUAAGUUUGAGAAAAGUUUAUUGUUUAUAUUGUUAAGGACACACGUGUUACGCCUAAGUUUAUUUAUUAUUAGUUUAACGAAAUCUGUUGAUUACUUUUACCACAAGCAAAACCACACAUCACGUUCUCUAAGCAUUCACCAUGAGUUCCUCUCAUCAAUGUUAACUGCAUCACCAGAAACGAAAUACUAACACGGCUUUAAUUACUCUGUUUGUUACAUGAUCCCAAAAACAGUUGAAUGGACUACCCAUAAUUACUAAUAAUUAAUUGUUAUUGCGAAUCCUGCAACCGUUCGAACCAAACAGAUCGACUGACAAACAAAAAAACAACAGCUCCAACAAGAAAACGAAUCAAAUGCGGGUAGAAAUAUAAUAGAAAUGCUUUCGCCGAAAGUUAAGCGAUAAAAAGUACGUUUUAAGAGAAAAGGCUUGGGAACUAGAUGUUCAAAGCAAUGUGUCGUGUCCAUGUUGUUUCGAAAACGACAUACCUGUUCGGGAAUAAUAUUGAAACCUAAUACCUAAUCGAUGAAAAACCAAAACAUUUUGAUUCAUAAUGUUAUGUACAUUUUAAAUGUAAAAAAAAAUAAAAUACAAAAGCACAAAUUAAACAAAAACAAUACCCUCAAUAA